CGUAAGGGAGGAGAAGCCGGGCCGUGGGGUGAGUGUCGGUAGUCGGGAGCUGUAACCGAUUCCGCGGGUUCCUUUUGGGGGUGGCGGUUUGUGAAGUGCGAGCUGGGUGGUGGGAACUGACCGUCCUCGGCCCUGAGUGAGAAAUGAGGAUUGAAGCAUUCUGGUAUAGCGAAGUGGUGCUCCACAGAGCACGUAAAUCUGCGGAGUUGGGAAGGAUAGUAGGGAUUCGAUUAAAUUGCUGCUGGAGAACUUAUAGUAACACGUAAUCAGGAAAUGUAGAGUAACUUCUGCACAGCUGUGCGGUGUACAAGCAGAGAACAGAUCGUGUAGCGUCUUCAUCCAAUGUGAUUCUUUGAUUGAGUUGUUUAAUGGUGGUAUUUCUGAGUCUAAGGGAUCUGCCGUGGGUGUGUGUUAAGCCCAACGAUGUGUCGUAUAUUGAACCCGAGGACCCUCAUCAAAAGUUGCAGUGCAAGCACAGAUUGCUGGAACUUCUGAUCAGGAGUCUUACAAGAGCAGUGUGCAGAUCUGGAAACAGCUGGACCCUUCCACUUGUUGUCUUUUUCUAUGUCUCCCAAACCACAUGAUGAAAUGCUUAACCUUGACUACAGACAUUGCUGCUGUCACACUCGUGAGAACACUACUUUGUUUUGGGCACAAACUGUCUCCACACUGCGCAGACUACCUUGGAUAUACUUAGUUUUGAUUUUGUUGAUUCACUUUGCAGAUUGUGUGUGGACUUUUGUGUACACAGUCUGUCCAUUUUAGUAUGCGUUUAUAAAAAUUUUUGAUCUUUCUUUUAAGCAAAAUAUUUUUUGAUAGUGUAACAAGGAAAUAAAUCUGUAGCAGAAAAGGUCCUGCAUCAGAGGUAAGAAACUGAAAUGACACUUGUCCGAAAUUUGAAGAAUUGACUUGACUGGAAUUGAGAGAAUGUAUUGAUUCAUUUGGUAUGGAAGUUAAAAAUUAGGGUUUGAAUAUUCAUUAGUUGGUUCUCUUGUUUAUAUUUCAAGUAAAUAGUUUCUGAUAUCUUUACAUUGAGUCUAUGUUUUAGACUUAAACAAAAAAGCAUUUUAUCAGGUAUCUCCUUGAUAGAGAGGCGUUUCUACGCCUACCAUUCUAUGUCAAAGUGGAUGGUUUUUGUCUUGAAAGAAUGGAUAUGUAAUAAACAAAGAGCCAUGUAGGGAAAAUUAAUUCUCAUACCUGGAGAGCAUAGCUCCUUUGGCUGUCUGCAUGAGAAAUGCAGAACUGGAAUGCUUCUGAAGGCUAUUUUCAGUAUCGUCUUAGAGCACACCUUUAUUUCAGUGCUGUCUGGGCCUAUCUUGAGUAUGACAAGUGAUACUUGAUACUGCAGGCGUUAGAAGCGUGUUGAAGAUGAUCUUGACUUGUACUUUCCAGUGUCCUUCAUGAUGCUAAUGAGUUUAGGUUUAAUAUCAGAUUCUUUUCAUAUGUUUUUUGAUUGUACUGCUCUACUGGCUGGAUUAGCAGCUUCAGUUAUUUCAAAGUGGAGGUCAAAUGAUGCUUUCUCAUAUGGAUAUGUUCGAGCAGAAGUACUCGCUGGUUUUGUAAAUGGUUUAUUCCUCAUCUUUACAGCAUUCUUUAUUUUUUCUGAAGGUGUUGAGAGGGCACUGGAGCCUCCUGAUGUGCAUCAUGAGAGACUUCUUCCAGUUUCUAUACUGGGAUUCAUUGUAAAUCUUAUAGGAAUAUUUGUUUUUCAACAUGGAGGUCAUGGGCAUUCACAUGGCUCUGGGCAUGAGCACAGCCAUUCUCUAUUUAAUGGAGGUCUCAGCCAUGGGCACAGUCACAGAGGUCAUGGUCACAGCCAUAAACAUGGACACACUCAUGAUCAUGGCCAUAGCCAUGGACUCCCUCAUGGUCAGGAUUAUUGCCAUGAUGACCAUUCUCUUGAAGGGAUGACUGGUUCUAGCAAGCAGAUCUUACAAGGUGUAUUUCUACACAUUGUUGCAGACACGCUUGGAAGUAUUGGUGUAAUCAUAUCUGCUAUAUUGAUGCAGAACUAUGGUCUAAUGAUAGCAGAUCCUAUUUGUUCAAUGCUGAUAGCAUUACUUAUAGGUGUAAGGUAAGUGUUGAUAUCUGGU